AUGAGUGUCUCCGGGGACCCAAAUUCGCUGGAAAGGGGUCAGAUUAACCUACCUGCUAACAGAGAAAAAGAUGAGCAUGAGCAAGGAAGUCAAGAUCAGCAGUCGCCCUAUCCCAACGAGCAAUGGGAUUGGGAGACAGAUCCACAUAAUCCAUACAAUUGGCCUGCAAGCAGAAAAGCAUGGCAGAUUGCCAUUGUUUCCUCAAUGGCAUUUACAGCAUCCUUCGGCACCUCAGUAAUGACUGCAGCUCCAGAACAACUCAUCAAUGAAUUCGGUGUGACGACAACACAAUCAAUUUUACCUCUUUCGCUCUAUGUCUUCGCUCUUGCGCUGGGACCAGUAAUCGGGGGACCGUUAUCGGAGACGAUUGGAAGAUAUUAUAUCUUCAUGAUAGGCGUCCUCAUUGGAGCUCUUUUCGCCAUCGGCUGUGGCACGGUACAAACCUUCGCUGGACUUUGCAUUCUUCGCUUUUUAUCUGGUCUCUUCUUCGCCCCCACGUUGGCAAUCUCCGGCGGAACUCUUAAUGAGAUAUAUAAGCCGGAACACCGAGGCAUACCAUCUACCUUUUUCAUUACGACACCUUUGCUGGGGCCAGGUUUCGGUCCUGUUAUUGGAGGUUUUGUUACGCAGAGAAAGGGCUGGCGAUGGACACAAUGGACAAUUAUUUUCUUUUCAAUCUUUAGCCUUCUUCUUGGUCUCCUUUUCGGCAGAGAAACGUUUCAUCCUAUUCUCAAGAAGCGCAAAGCAAAGCAAGUUGGACAGCCGAUACCACCGCCGCCACCUCUCCGUAUGAGGCUGAAGCUCUUCAUGACUGUUGCGCUUUUUCGGCCCUUACUCAUGCUGGCGAUCGAGCCAAUUACAACCCUAUUCUGCUUGUAUUCGGCGUUGGAGUUUGCCACUCUAUUCUCAUUUUUCGCUGCAAUUCCGUAUGUGUUCCAAGAAGUGUACCACUUCUCCACGGAGCAAGUGGGCUUGGUGUUCGUUUCCAUCAUCAUCGGCUGUGUUUUGGGCGCCAUAACACUUAUACUAUGCAACAAGUAUUUUUACCUUCCCCAAGUUACAAAAUAUCCUCCUCACCAGGUACCUCCGGAACAUCGGCUGUAUGCUGCUAUGAUCGGUAGUAUCGGUCUCCCUCUUGGGUUGUUUUGGUUUGGUUGGACCUCAAAGUCCGAUAUAUCUUGGGCCAGUCCCGCAGUUGCUAUUAUCCCAUUUACUUGGGGUAAUUUUUUAGCCAGAUAUAUUCUUUCCGGUGCAUUUCCACUCUUCACUACUCAAAUGUACAGGAACUUGGGCAUUGGCUGGGCAAGCAGCUUACUUGGCUUUUUCGCAGUGGCCCUUUUGCCGGUUCCGUGGAUUUUUUUCAAGUUUGGAAAGCUUAUUAGAUCAAAAAGCCGAUAUGAGGCGUCCAAAUUCUAA